UUCAAUUUCUCUUUGAUAGGUUCUGCCUGGAUGGCACUCUCUCGCCCUUUUAUUGACUACUGCAUAUGGGGAUGGGACAACCUUCCUCGCACUGUUCUCAUGUACUACACAAAUUUCAUCUCCUCCCCUGAAGGUUACUUCCAUACUGUCAUCUGUAAUGCUCAGGAGUUCCGAAAUACUACUGUCAACAGCGACCUGCAUUUCAUAUCAUGGGAUAACCCUCCCAAGCAACAUCCCCACCACCUUACCCUCAAUGACAUGACAAGGAUGAUCGACAGCAAUGCUCCAUUUGCGAGGAAGUUCCACAGAGAUGAUCCAGUUCUAGACAAAGUAGAUGCUGAGCUUUUGUUUCGAGGGCCCGGCAUGCUUGUUCCAGGUGGGUGGUGCAUUGGGAGCAGGAAAAACGGUACAGACCCAUGCUUGGUGGUGGGUAAUACCACGAUCCUUAGGCCAGGUCCAGGUGCAAAAAGGCUUGAAAAACUAUUUCUCUCUCUCUUAUCAAAUGAAAAUUUCCGACCUAGACAGUGCAAGUGAUAAAAUAGUGCUUAAGGAGAUGGCAGGGCAGCUUCUGCUGACAGGCAAACAGGUACAUCUGGGUGAUGUAUCCUACCAUGAGCAGGUUAAGAGUAUUUUCAUCUGGAAGACAGUGAUGGUUGUCUCUACUAGAUCUCACAGGCUCUUCUUGGAUAGGCAGAAAUGGGUCAGAUUUGGUGGAAGCAGGAAGGAGUGUAAAGCCACAUAGUCAGCAGCUGUUAUAAUAGGAUAUACACAAUCAACUGGAAAAUCUGUUCAGGUUAUACUGGUUGGAUAUCUAGAAAUAGGUCUCAUCUUCCACACUCCCAAGAAUAUAUGAAUGCCUAAUCCAAAAGCAAAAUCAAAAUUAUGUGUUGUUGCUGCUUGCAGAUUGUCAUGAUCCACUGGUGAAGGGAUUAUGAUGAGGGGAAAGAACAAGGAAAUUGAAAAGCGCUGCUUAUAUAUUCAACCUUAUUUUUUUUUGACUAGUAUAUAUAUAUUCAUUUGUUUUUUUGGAA